AUGUGUUCGGAGAGCUCAAGCUUCUUGGCCUCUGAUGAGUUAUACUCCGGAAUUCUACACAUCCUUACUUGCAUCGAAAUUCCACUUCACACCUUCGGUGCCUACCUUAUUGUAAUGAAGACUCCAAAGAAAAUGAAAACGGUUAAAGCUAGCAUGCUGUUUCUCCAUUUUGCAGGAGCUCUAGUCGAUAUUUACCUAAGCUUUAUUGCUAUUCCAGUACUCACUUUACCCGUCUGCUCUGGAUAUCCAUUGGGAUUCUCGUUAGUUUUAGGUAUUCCAACGUCUGUUCAGGUUUAUAUAGGUGUCUCAUGUGUUGGAGUUAUCGGUGUAUCUGUGCUUAUAUUCUUUGAAAGUCGAUACCACCAACUGAUCAUUGGAUCAUCUGGAGGGAUCAGUUGGAAGCGACUAAUAUACAUUUUGUUUCACUACUUGUUAUCUGCAACUUUUAUAGCUCCAGCGUUCCUAGACAUACCUAGUGAAGAAUAUGGAAGGGUAUUUACUUUUGAAAAAAUCCCUUGCAUCCCCAGUGACAUACCCUUCCGCCCUGGUUACUUUGUCCUGGCAACUGACAACCUAAUCUUCUGCCUUUGCCUAUCUCUGAUGUUAUCAUUUGUGGUACCCCAGGUGGUUUUUUUCGUAGCCUCUAUAUUCCGCUUUCUAUCCAACACCGUAUCCCACUCCCAAACCACAACUCGUCUACAACGUCAAUUCUUCAUUGCAAUGUGCAUCCAGCUGUUCAUUCCGUUUGUGGUGAUAUUUUCGCCGGCUCUUUUUGUAGUUCUAGCGAUUCGAUAUGACUAUUAUAAUCAAGCUGCAAACAACAUGGCUAUGGCUGCAAUUGCAUUCCAUGGAGUUUUUACUACACUGACUAUGAUUAUGGUGCAUACACCUUAUCGGCAUGCUACUUUGGAAAUGUUACACCUGAAAUCGAAAAGGUCGAUGAAAACGUCAAAUAACUCAAAUAUAAUGUUGCAAGCCGUUAAUGGGUUACAUAUGACAUAA